AUGCUGGCCGCGAGGCUCUUGUGUCUCCGGACGCUGCCGCCAAGGGCCUUUCGCCCGGGCCUCUCCACCAAGGCCGCCCCUGUGCUGAAGGGCCCCAUCAGGAAGGACCCCUGGCCCUUAGCCCCCAGCAGGGAAUAUGCCACCAAGACAAGAAUUGGGAUCCGGCGUGGGAAAACUGGACAAGAACUCAAAGAAGUAGCAAUGGAACCGUCAAUGGAAAAAAUAUUUAAAAUUGAUCAGAUGGGAAGAUGGUUUAUUGCUGGAGGGGCUGCUGUUGGCCUUGGUGCAUUGUGCUACUAUGGCUUGGGAAUGUCUAAUGAGAUUGGAGCAAUUGAAAAGGCUGUAAUUUGGCCUCAGUAUGUGAAAGAUAGAAUUCAUUCUACCUACAUGUACUUAGCAGGAAGCAUUGGUUUAACAGCCUUGUCAGCCCUGGCAGUGAGCAGAACUCCUGUUCUCAUGAACUUCAUGAUGAGAGGCUCUUGGGUUACAAUUGGUGCAACCUUUGCAGCCAUGAUUGGAGCUGGAAUGUUGGUACAAUCAAUACCUUAUGACCGGAGCCCAGGCUCAAAGCAUCUUGCUUGGUUACUGCACUCUGGUGUGAUGGGUGCAGUAGUGGCUCCUCUGACGAUAUUAGGGGGGCCUCUUCUCAUCAGAGCUGCGUGGUACACGGCAGGCAUCGUAGGUGGCCUCUCCACUGUGGCCAUGUGUGCGCCCAGUGAGAAGUUUCUGAAUAUGGGAGCACCCCUGGGAGUGGGCCUGGGCCUCGUCUUUGUGUCCUCACUGGGAUCUAUGUUUCUUCCACCUACCACUGUGGCUGGUGCCACUCUGUACUCUGUGGCAAUUUACGGUGGAUUAGCUCUUUUCAGCAUGUUCCUUCUGUAUGAUACACAGAAAGUCAUCAAGCGUGCAGAAAUAGUGCCAGUAUAUGGAGUUCAAAAAUAUGAUCCCAUCAAUUCGAUGUUGGGAAUCUACAUGGAUACUUUAAAUAUAUUUAUGCGAGUUGCCACUAUUCUAGCAACUGGAAACAGCAGAAAGAAGUGA